UUGAACUUGCUCCGUAAAAAUAACACAAGCUAAAAAAAACAGCACACAGCUUCAGUAAAUAUAACUCCCGCAAGGAAAACGAUUCACCAAAGACACCAGGCCACUAAAUGAUGAAAGGUUUAACAUACGGAUAAUUUUAUAAUUCGACGAUUUGCGUAAACUUGCCACGAUGAAUUUGGGUCGAUCGAUACGUAUCAAUAAGUGCGGGGUCGUGAUAUUGGGCCUGCUGUUUAUGUGCAUUUUGUACUACCUUUGGAACAGCAAUGGGUCGAAUGGUGCAAGCUACGCGUUCAGCAAAAAUCCGAACGAAAUCAAUCUGCGCAAACUGCUGAUCGGUUCAAUACAGGCCGCCCAGCACGGAGGGUUCGAGGUGGUGGCUGUUUCGAAAACGCGCGAUCUGCACGAGCAAAGUAAAGGCAAAACUAAGGAAGGCGCAAACAAUCCGGUCACUGAUGCGGACUAUCGGUCAAACUGUGUGAUGAAAAAUGGAUUGUUACGAAUAUUUCCCAAGCUGAAGGUGAUCUCCGAGGAAGACGAUAGGCAGGAACAAUGCGCUGAGGUACAGUUGUUCGAUCUUGAUCCGACCGUGCUGCCGGAGAGUGUUACAGUGCCGGACGAACGUGUCAACAUAGACGACGUGGAUGUGUGGAUAGAUCCACUAGAUGCCACGCAGGAGUAUACCGAACGACUGCAUGAGUACGUCACCACAAUGGUAUGCGUUGCGGUAAAGGGAGUUCCUACCAUCGGCAUCAUACAUAAUCCCUUCACGAUGAAAACAACCUGGGCAUGGCGCGACAGAGCACUAUCAGAAUCGUUGGCAAAUCUGAAGCACGAUCCUGACGUAAAGCAUCCAACCAUUAUCGUGUCCCGAUCUCAUGCCGGUGCUGUAAAGGAACAAUCGAAGCAAAUUUUUGGUGAAAACGCACAAGUCAUUUCCGCCGGUGGAGCCGGCUUCAAAGUGCUCCAGGUGAUACAAAACAACGCCACAGCCUACCUGCACACGACGCACAUAAAAAAGUGGGACAUUUGUGCCGGCGAUGCCAUACUGGGUGCGAUUGGUGGCAGAAUGAGCGAUUUGCACAAUGAAAAUAUAGUUUACCAUCGGGAUACACCUGCGCUCAACCCGAACGGAUUAUUGGCCGCCGCUCUUUCGGCAACGCAUGAAGCGUACAUUAAACGAAUAGUGGAAAGCAAACACUUUGUACGGUAGGUAUACAAUCUGACUCGGUAAGCAUCCGCUAACAUAUCCCCAUGCGUGAUGCGUGGGAUGGAAAGUGUGUAGCGCUAAAAUGCAGAAAUGUAAUUGUUUUCAUUCCAACUUUCAAUUCUGCACACCACAUCACUUAAGCGUUGUAAUUGUUCACACUUAGAACACGCCGCACCGGCGGCGGUAAAAAAUAGUUUGCUUGUUUAAGUAUUUGAUCUCAACACAAUCGAAUACGUCGACCACAGGACAAGUGCGUUAGUUGACCAAUGCGGGAUGCACAAGGAAGGUUUUGUUAACUAUGAUUUUUAGAAAGAAAAAAGAAAGAGUUGCUAAUUCUCUUUGUUACUACUACAUACUAUGAAAUAAAGGCAUCCGUAGCAUACUAUUUGAUAUAGAUAAAAAAAAAUGUUUGUUAGUUUUCGUUAAACGAUGACGAAAUUGAAAGCUCGCUGUAUGACAAAUUGCGUUACGCUACGUAACGCGUUAUGGCAGUGUUUCUCAACCUUCACGAGUUGCAAAACUUUAAU